CCACUGAGCUUCCUCACGCCGGCUCUCGCAGCGCCGAGCCCACCCGGCGGCCUCUCCUGCGCUUCCGGGAGCCGUGGCGAGCGAGUGCGCCUGCGUGCCGGCCCAUCCGCGCGUCUCGCAGCUGUCCUUGCGCCGGCCAGCGGCAGGACAGUUUCCUCGGCGCUUACCGCCUGGUUUCUGGACUCCGCGGCGCACCGGAGGGCAGCAUGUCGCGGCGGCGGCACAGCGACGAGAACGACGGUGGGCAGCCUCACAAAAGGAGAAAGACCUCUGAUGCAAAUGAAACUGAAGAUCAUUUGGAAUCUUUAAUAUGCAAAGUAGGAGAAAAGAGUGCCUGCUCUUUGGAGAGCAACCUCGAAGGCUUGGCUGGUGUUUUGGAAGCUGAUCUUCCUAACUACAAGAGCAAGAUCUUAAGGCUUCUUUGUACAGUUGCACGUCUGUUACCUGAGAAGUUGACAAUUUAUACAACAUUAGUUGGACUGCUGAAUGCCAGGAAUUACAACUUUGGUGGAGAAUUUGUAGAAGCCAUGAUUCGUCAACUUAAAGAGUCAUUGAAAGCAAACAAUUAUAAUGAAGCCGUAUAUUUGGUCCGUUUUUUAUCUGAUCUUGUGAAUUGCCAUGUGAUUGCUGCUCCGUCAAUGGUUGCCAUGUUUGAAAAUUUUGUAAGCGUAACUCAGGAAGAAGAUGUGCCUCAGGUGCGGCGAGAUUGGUAUGUGUAUGCAUUUCUGUCAUCUUUGCCCUGGGUUGGAAAGGAGUUGUACGAAAAGAAAGAUGCAGAGAUGGACCGCAUCUUUGCCAACACUGAAAGCUAUCUUAAAAGACGCCAAAAGACUCAUGUACCCAUGUUACAGGUGUGGACUGCGGAUAAACCACAUCCGCAAGAAGAGUAUUUAGAUUGCCUGUGGGCCCAGAUUCAGAAAUUGAAAAAGGAUCGCUGGCAGGAACGGCACAUCCUAAGACCUUAUCUUGCCUUUGACAGCAUCCUGUGUGAAGCACUGCAGCACAAUCUGCCUCCUUUUACACCACCUCCUCACACUGAAGAUUCGGUGUACCCAAUGCCAAGGGUCAUCUUCAGAAUGUUUGAUUACACAGAUGAUCCCGAGGGUCCUGUCAUGCCAGGGAGUCAUUCAGUGGAAAGAUUUGUAAUAGAAGAGAAUCUUCACUGCAUCAUUAAGUCCCACUGGAAGGAAAGGAAGACUUGUGCUGCACAGUUAGUGAGCUAUCCAGGGAAGAACAAGAUCCCCUUGAACUACCACAUAGUUGAGGUGAUCUUUGCAGAGCUGUUUCAACUUCCAGCACCCCCUCACAUUGAUGUGAUGUACACAACACUCCUCAUUGAACUGUGCAAACUUCAACCUGGCUCUCUACCCCAAGUUCUUGCACAGGCAACUGAAAUGCUAUACAUGCGUUUGGACACAAUGAACACUACCUGUGUAGACAGGUUUAUCAAUUGGUUUUCUCAUCAUCUGAGUAACUUCCAGUUCCGUUGGAGCUGGGAAGAUUGGUCAGAUUGUCUUAGUCAAGAUCCUGAAAGUCCCAAACCAAAGUUUGUAAGAGAAGUUCUAGAAAAAUGUAUGAGGUUGUCUUACCAUCAGCGUAUAUUAGAUAUUGUUCCUCCUACCUUCUCAGCUCUAUGUCCUGCAAACCCAACCUGCAUUUACAAGUAUGGAGAUGAAAGUAGCAAUUCUCUUCCUGGACAUUCUGUUGCCCUCUGUUUAGCAGUUGCCUUUAAAAGUAAGGCAACCAAUGAUGAAAUCUUCAGCAUUCUGAAAGAUGUACCAAAUCCCAACCAGGAUGAUGAUGACGAUGAAGGAUUCAGUUUUAACCCAUUGAAAAUAGAAGUCUUUGUACAGACUCUGCUACACUUGGCAGCCAAAUCGUUCAGCCACUCCUUCAGUGCUCUUGCAAAGUUUCAUGAAGUCUUCAAAACCCUAGCUGAAAGUGAUGAAGGGAAGUUACAUGUGCUAAGAGUUAUGUUUGAGGUCUGGAGGAACCAUCCACAGAUGAUUGCUGUACUAGUGGAUAAGAUGAUUCGUACACAAAUAGUUGAUUGUGCUGCAGUAGCAAAUUGGAUCUUCUCUUCAGAACUGUCUCGUGACUUUACCAGAUUGUUCGUUUGGGAAAUCUUGCACUCUACAAUUCGUAAGAUGAACAAACAUGUCCUGAAGAUCCAGAAAGAGCUGGAAGAAGCUAAAGAGAAACUUGCUAGGCAACACAAACGGCGAAGUGAUGAUGAUGACAGAAGCAGUGACAGGAAAGAUGGGGUUCUUGAGGAACAAAUAGAAAGACUUCAAGAAAAAGUGGAAUCUGCUCAGAGUGAACAAAAGAAUCUUUUCCUCGUCAUAUUUCAGCGGUUUAUCAUGAUCUUGACUGAGCACUUAGUACGAUGUGAAACUGAUGGGACCAGUGUAUUAACACCGUGGUAUAAGAACUGUAUAGAGAGGCUACAGCAGAUCUUCCUACAGCAUCACCAGAUAAUCCAGCAGUACAUGGUGACCCUGGAGAACCUCCUCUUCACUGCUGAAUUAGACCCUCAUAUCUUGGCCGUGUUCCAGCAGUUCUGUGCCCUGCAGGCCUAAGGGUUUUUUCGUGAAGUUUUUUUUAAUACGUUAAAAUAAUUUGUCUUAUUUUUUGAUGGUUUGAAUGCUUGCUUUCUUGUAGUAUCUUUUCACUUCUUAAAGGAAACAAAGGGGGAAGAGGACAGUGGAUAACAUGGCAUUACUUUUAAUUGCCCUGAAAAGCAAAUACGUCCUAACGGCAGUAAUGUGACGAUGACCAUGAUGUAUUAUAUAUGUGACAGAUACAACUUCUCUGUGAUCAGUUUGGUAUUUUUUUCUCCUUAAGGCACAAAAUAAUUGGUUUGAGGUAUGUGAAACACUAGAGGUCAACCUUACAUAGUAUAUAGAACUGAUGGGUUUACCCAGCUACCCAGUAGCAUAACUUUUCACAGCUCGGGGAUAACUUAACGUGGCUGAAAUAAAACUAAAAGUAUGGUUUUUAAACUUUGGCAUUUCAUGAUUUAUCAUCUCACUCUACUCUAAAACUGGUUGUUUCUUACUGAGGGUGUUCUCCAUUUGAAAUUUUCUCUUCAAAGUAUUUUUAAGUAGUAUCUUAAGACACGACUUGUUAGUAAUAAAAGUGUUACUAGUUGGAAGAGUAGUUCUCAAAUUUGUCUUAAUGUAAAUCACCUGGGAAUCUUACAAGUUAUUUUGAAAUUUAAACCACCCUCUGAGGGUGGAACGCAGACAUCCUCAGUAAUCCUUAGUUUCCCCAGGUGAUUCCAGGUUUGGUCACCAUUAUCUUAGAGCAUCUACUCACUUCCUCUAGCCUCUGGGUUAUUUGUCCAAGGUCUUAUAGUGAGUUACAGAAUACUAAAGUGGAUGUAGAAGUGGUCAGAUUGACUGAAACCAUACCCUGAAUUAGAUGUGAGUUUAGAUUUUGUUUAUAUGGAUCCUGAUCCAAAAAACUACGAAGUCCUGAGCUUGUUUCCUGUAUGGUGUUGAUGCUGAAAUGACAGCCGUUUGUAAAAUAAUACACAAGUAUGAGGAAUUGUCUGACAUUCCAAAUUUAGAGGAUUUUUAGACUUUUUUCAUUAAACCUUAGAAAAAAAUUACCAGUAAUCCUACAACUACUGGUAGUGGUGUUGUGCAUUUGCACAAAAUAGGUAUAAUUUUUUCUUACUACAUCCCAAGUUGAUGAUGCAUUAAGCAUUUUGCAUAUUUUGAUAUAUUUUCGCUUUGGUUUACCAUACAUUUGAGUGGCUACAGAAUGUGGUCCACUUAAUAGACUGGAAUUCCUAGGAUUUUUAAAUACCAUACUGUUUAAGACAAAAUACAAAAUAUUCAGAAAAAUCCAGGUUGCGUGGUGGGUUAGUAAAACUAAAACCAGGUUCUUGGCUAAACAUUCUCAUUUAUACUGUUUCUCCUUCCCAUUGCUUAAGCACAGCACAAACUAUGUAAUUAUAUAUAAUUACAAUUGACCCCUGAACAACAUGGGUUUGAACUGUGUGGGUCCCCUUACUAAACAUGGGUUUUCUUCCACCCCUGAGAUGGCAAGACCAGCCCCUUGUCUUCCUCAGCCUGCUCGACAUGAAGAUGAUGAGGAUGAAGACCUUUAUGAUGAUCCACUUCUACUUAUUAAAUACUGUUUGCUGAUGUGAUCCUGCUCUGUCCCAGUCUAGCAGCUUAAGUGUAUGGAAAAACUGAACUAGGAAUUGAGUUUUGAAGAAAUAAAGGUGUGUAAGAGCAAACAUUCAACAGUUGCUGUCCCCACUAAUGAAGUUCAUACAGACAAAAGAUGGCAUGUCACUGUACAUCAUACCUUGCAAUAAAUGCUCUGUUAAAUUGUGUUGGUGCAAUUUAACAUGCUUUUGUCAAAGUAAA